UACUGAACGACGGCGUUCAACAGAGCAUGUCCUUCUUCUUCUCCUCCUCCUCGUUCCAGCAAUAAGACAACCUUAAGCUGUGCACCAUGGUUAACGUUAACGAUGGUCUCUAAGUGGGUCCCUCCCAUGAUGUUUGGAGCCACCAUUGCAAAAGCUUUGUUAAGAAAGAAAUGGAACCCAAAGAGAGUGAGCGUGCAGUGGUAUUCAUCUUCACACAUGAACAUGGCUGCAAGAGAUGGAGAACUUAGGGUCUUCGUUGUUGCUGGUGAGGUUUCUGGGGAUUCCAUUGCUUCUCGUCUCAUGGCUUCGCUUAAGCUUCUCUCCCCUUUCCCUGUUCGCUUUUCUGGUGUUGGAGGGGCUAAGAUGUCAAGUGAAGGAUUGCAAUCUUUGUUUCCUAUUGAGGAUAUCUCAGUAAUGGGACUUUGGGAGCUGUUGCCACAUUUGUAUAGAAUCAGAGUGAAACUGAAUGAAACUGUGGAAGCAGCUGCUUUAUUUGAGCCUCAUGUUGUGGUAACAGUGGAUUCUAAGGGCUUCUCUUUCCGGUUCUUGAAACAGCUAAGAGCUAGAUACAGUCAGCAAAAAUUGCAUUCACCAGCGCACUUUCAUUACGUAGCACCAUCGUUUUGGGCAUGGAAAGGUGGUGAAGCAAGACUCAGAGGACUCGCGGAAUUUGUGGAUCAUCUAUUGUGCAUACUUCCGCAUGAGGACAAAAUAUGUAGAUUGAAUGGAUUAUCUGCAACCUUUGUUGGGCAUCCUGUCCUGGAAGAUGUUCUAGAAUUGAGUUUGAGAAACAACUCCUCAGCCCAUGAAUGGAGGGCUGAAGGAAAUGGUGAAGACUUCCAAAGUAAACAUUCAGUGCCCCCAGGAGCCACUGUCAUUAGCUUGCUUCCUGGAAGCAGAGUACAAGAGGUCAGUCGGAUGCUUCCCAUCUUUGCAAACACAGUGGAACUACUGAAAGAAACUGUUCCACAGUUGAUGACAAUCAUUCAUGUUGCGCCUAAUGAACAUGUGGAAAAUUUCAUUGCUAAUGCUGUUCAUAGAUGGCCUGUGCCUGCUGUACUAAUCCAAGGUGGAGCAACACAACUGAGAUAUGAUGCUUUUAGCGCAAGUAGAGUUGCAUUAUGCACAUCUGGGACAGUUGCUGUGGAGCUGCAGCUUGCACGUCUACCUUGUGUUGUGGCAUAUCGCGCCCAUAUUUUGACUGAAUGGGUUAUUCGGUACAGAGCAAAGAUACAAUACAUAUCACUUCCAAAUAUUCUUUUGGAUUCAGCCAUUAUUCCUGAAGCACUGUUUCAGUCCUGCAAACCAGAAAACAUAGCCUUACUGCUCAAAGACUUAAUACAUGAAAAUGGCUGUCGAGAAGAACAAAUAGUUGCAGCCCAAAAGUUUGUGAAGCUUCUAUUGCCUUCAGAAAGAAUAAAGCAUAACCUUCCAUUGCAAAAUUUGUUGACAACAUAUCCUAACUACAGUCCAAGUGCAGUUGCAGCAUUGACUAUAUUAAACUAUGGGAAAUCACUAUGACUAAGAUCGAAGGACAUCUUUAUCAGUUACUUGUUUUUAUCAGAAGAAAUAUUGUUUUGUUUCUAAACCUAACUGGUAGAAGAAGCUUUCAAAAGUGUAGAAUCAAUUUUGGAAUAAACAUGGUCUCGGGUGGAUCAAGAUAUAAUCUAUUAACAUUUGGAGUUGGAAAAGCAUUUGCUCCAUUUUUUGUUGAAGCUGCCUCAAAUACUCCUCACCCUCAAGAUAGAAUGAAAUAUUUUCUUAUGGUAUAUAUGAUUUUUUUUUUUUAUAUUAUUUUUCAAGGAUAUACCACAAAAGAAAAGGUUUUCAAGGAUCUGUGUUGAGAUAUAUAGUCCCACAUUGAUUGUGUAGGCAAAAUGUGGCCUUUAUAAGGCUUUGGGCACUUCCACCCUUUGAGCUAGCUUUUGGGGUGGUGUAUCCCAAGGUUCUUUACAAUCUGCAAUAACAGGAAUAAAUUUUGCCAUCUGCUUGUUGAAGGGGAAGGGAUUUCUAGGACGCAGGGGAGCUAAGUGUAGUCUAGAUAGAGUGUUCGAAGCUUGUCUUUUUAUAA